CAAGCUAUGAACUGUUUCAGAUGAGAAACACUGUGUGGUGCAAAGAUGAUUGUAGGAUUCUUCUUCAUUUCUGUCAUUGCUGUUUUAUCAGGCACUAAUGGUGAAAAGGGGCGUAUAAAGAUAACAGUUCAGGAAGAAGAGAAUGUGAUCAUUCCAUGUCCCUAUGAUAAUAAGUAUACUGAUUAUCAGAAACAAUGGUGCAGGGAAUUAAUGGCAAGUUGUAUUUCUGAAGGAGACGGUUUGUCAGUCACUGAUUCCCCUGAUCAGGGUGUCUUCACAGUGACCAUGAGGAGCCUGCAGAGACAUGAUACUGGCUUAUACUCAUGUGUUGUACAAGCUGGUGGGGAAAUCAGAGCAGUUGGCAAUUCAUAUAGCAUUACAGUCAUCAAUGGUACUCCAGACCUGUCAGUGAGGGACAUCAUGGUGAAUGGUGAGGUGGGCGGUACUGUCACUGUACAGUGUCUCUACAGUGACAAAGACAAGUACACCAGGAAGACAUGGUGCAGGAGAAACACGGAGAAGUCCUGUUUACAAACAUGGAGCAGAACUUUCGACAGAGACAGAACUAAACUGCAUGUCAAUAAUGUACAAAGAAUCAUGACUGUGACUCUGUCCAGACUGGAGAUGAAGGACACAGACUGGUACUGGUGCGGUGUGGGAGACUUAAACUUCCCCGUUCAUAUUACUGUUUCUCAUCAAACACAGACUACUAGAGGUCCAACGACUCUGAUCACAGUGACUACAAACAUGCCAACAACAUCACCAACAGGAUCUUCAGCAUUUCCAUCUUCAACUGACUUGAUACCUACUGGAGCCAGAAAUGGGACACAUGCACAGCGUUUCACCAGUGUGUCUCUGCUGAAAAUACUCCUACCAUCAUGUGGAUUCUUGCUGGUUCUUCUGCUUGUUGUGAUGGGAACCUGGAAGCUGUGGCAAAUGCGGAAGAGAAGAACAAGAAAAGGCAACAGAAUGGAUACACACCAUGAUGAUGAGGUUACAUACAGUACUGUUGUCAUCAAGGCAAAUCGCCCAUCAAAGGCUUCAAAAGAACGGCAGCUUAAUGACUCUGGAGAUGAAGUGACCUACAGCUCUUUAGUGAUCCAGCACAAAUAGGUGACCUUUAACUCCCUGUUAAAGGUUCAUAGCAGAUAUGACUGAAAAGAGGAAAAUACAGAGAGAUCAUGAUUCACCAAGAAGGAGCCUUAUCUUUUCAUCAAUUCACUAAGAAGAAACUUCACCUUAUAUAUUUCUUGAUGUCAACACAUUACAAAGUUCAUUAUACAUAUUCACUAUGCACGUCUCUAGGAAAAUCUCAAAAACCUUUAUGUUCCCUCAUUAGUCUUAAUUUUAGCUUAAUCUCUUAUAUUUCAUUGUGAGUACAGAAGGUAGAACUGUGGUUUUGUACUGCUUUUUUCUAAUAAAAUGUAGCGGCAAUAUACAACCACAACUAGUUGGGCAGAAGAACGUUUGUAUGGAUGAAGAUCUUCAGUAGAAAAGUAAAGCAAUGUUUCAUAAUGUUAAUAUGUUACAGUGAUGUAACAGCAUGGUUUAUUCUGCAUGGGUCUAAGGAUUUUCAGUCACAUAAACAUCUUGAGCUUUACACGAUUGUGCGUAUAAUGUGUUUUAUUACUUGAAUAUGCAUAGGUAUGUUAAAUUUAUUAGAUGGAAUAUC